GACUAACAGUCUCUGGACUCUCCUUGAGUCUGGAUCUCAGCGUCCAAGGCCAGAGUGACAUACACACCUCCUUGAGCCUUCUAUCGGGCCGGCCGUCCAGGUUCCUGCCCCUCAGUAUCUGAGGCCUUCUCUAGGAGAGCUGUCUCCUGAAGAGUACCCACCUCUGGAGGUCUGACUCACAACAUCCCCAGUGAGAUCCUCCCUUUUAAGUAAGGGAAAGCAUCUGGAACAAGCUGCCCACAUCUGCUUCUUUUUAGCAAUACAUUUCCAUUGGCAUGAUUCAAGAAUAGCAAUGGAUCCUGAAGGUUCACGCAUCCAAGAUGACCCAGACGUCAAGGUGAUGAUGGCGGGGUCCACUCUGAGAAAAGUCAAGUCAAAAUCGUGGAAGAGGCAGCGCCAUUUCCGCCUCCUGGAGGAUGGGCUGACGAUCUGGUACAAGUCCAGAUGGGCAGGGAGAGGACACUCCACAUUCUCAGUUACGGAGAUGGAGGCUGUGCGUGAGGGCCACCAGUCGGAGGUCCUGCUGAGCAUCGCUGAGGAGUUCCCUGCUGAUGUCUGCUUCACCUUGGUGUUUCACGGUCGCCAAGGCAACCUGGACCUAGUGGCCGAUACGCCAGAGGAAGCAAAGGCCUGGAUCCAGGGAGUACGCAAGCUGAUUCACAGGGCUCAAACGAUGGAUGAGAAGCAGAGGCUUGACCAGUGGGUCUGGGACUGGUUUCAGAAAGCUGACAAAAACAAAGACGGGAAGAUGAAUUUCAAAGAGGUGCGGAAACUGCUGAAGAUGAUGAACGUGGAAAUGAAUGAGGAACAUGCUCUGCAUCUCUUCACGAUGGCUGACAAGUGGGAGAGUGGCUCUUUGGAAAUCGAGCAGUUUGUCCAUUUCUAUAAGAUGCUGACUCAGAGGGAUGAAGUGUGGAAAGUGUUCCAGGACUACUCUGGAGAUGGAGAGAAGUUGAUGUUGGAGGAGCUCGAGAAUUUCCUGAGCAUAGAGCAGCAGGAGGGAGAGCAGAGUUCCCAGCAUGCCCAGGAGCUGAUUGACCGCUACGAACCGUCUGAAACAGCCAAGAAGCAGAGAGCCAUGUCAUUGGAUGGAUUCCAGAACUACCUGUGCUCACAGGAGGGCUCCAUAUUUAAACCUGAGCAUCGGGAGCUUCACCAGGACAUGAGCCAGCCGCUUAGCCACUACUUCAUCUCCUCCUCACACAACACCUACCUCCUGGAGGACCAGCUGCGAGGACAGAGCAGCCUGGAGGCAUACAUCCAAGCCCUGAAGAGAGGCUGCCGUUGUGUGGAGGUGGACUGCUGGGACGGCAGUGAUGGGGAACCAGUCGUGUAUCAUGGUCACACUCUGACUUCUAAGAUUCUUUUUAGAGACAUCAUUUCAACGCUGAAGGAGUACGCCUUUAAGGCAUCGGACUUUCCAGUCAUCCUGUCUCUUGAGAAUCACUGUGGUGUGGAGCAGCAGACAGUCAUGGCCCAGCACCUUAGUCAGAUAUUGGGUGACACACUACUGACCACCCUGCUGGAUGGGCAGGUCCCGCAACAGCUUCCUUCUCCACAGGACCUGAGGGGGAAAAUUCUGCUGAAAGCCAAGAAGAUUAGCGGUCCAGGAGACUGUCUCGACGAAACCUUUACAGAUGAAGUUAGCGAUGAGGAAGAGAUGGCCAACGAUGAUGCUGAAAGCCUGUCUACAGAGGUCCCGCCUGCUGAGUGCGUAACGGGGAAGAAAUCCAAGUCCAAACUGUCCAGGGAGCUGUCAGACUUGGUGGUUUACUGCAAGAGUGUGCACUUCCAUGGCUUUGAGCACGCUCGUUCACACGCCAAAUGCUAUGAGAUGUCCUCAUUCUCCGAAUCCAAGGCCAAGAGGCUUGCUAAGGACGCAGGGACAGAUUUUGUGCAGCACAACACACGGCAGCUGAGCAGGAUCUACCCCGGUGGCCUCCGGACCGACUCCUCCAACUACAACCCGCAGGAGAUGUGGAAUGUGGGCUGCCAGAUAGUGGCUCUGAACUUCCAGACAGCUGGUCUGGAAAUGGAUCUUAAUGAUGGGCGGUUCAGGCAGAAUGGCUGCUGCGGCUACGUCCUCAAGCCUGACUUCAUGAGAGACGGCAAGACACAGUUCAGUCCGGAGAAGCCGGAGGAGCGGCAAGGCUACAAACCACUCCGCCUAUCCAUACAGGUGAUCAGUGGGCAGCAGCUCCCAAAGGUGAAUCAGAAGGAGGGCUCUAUUGUAGACCCCCUGGUCAGAGUGGAGAUCUUUGGGGUGCCACAGGACCAGGCCAAGGAGGAGACCAGUCACAUUAACAACAAUGGUUUUAACCCAGUGUGGAAUGAAACUUUAAAUUUUGUCAUCCACGCCCCUGAGCUGGCCUUGGUUCGCUUCGAGGUGGAGGACUACGAUAAAGCGUCCAGGAACGACUUCAUGGGACAGUACACUCUUCCGUUUACGUGCAUCCAAGCAGGGUAUCGUCACAUUCACCUGCUCUCCAAAGAUGGAACAGCGAUCCCUCCUUCCUCCCUCUUUGUCAACGUCAGCAUUUCAGAGCUCACAUGAAGAAGUCAAAUCUGAGGAUACGAGGCCAGAGGAAAACAGUCCUGUGUCCUCAUUAGCCGUGUCCGAGGAUGAAAACAGCAUGCACCAUUAGUUUAAUCUGAUAUUGGACAUUUGCCAGUAGGGUAGUUUUGCUAACUUAAAGGUGCAAUGUGUAAGAUCUGGCCAGAAUUGUUGUGGCUUACCAAAAAACAUUGUUGUGGCUUACCAAAAAUCAUUCCAAAUGGUUUUGAUAUGGCUUACCAAAAAACAUUCCAAAUGGUUUUGAUAUAUGGUUUUUAUGUGGUUUUCUUGCCACUAUUGUCUUGCUAAAACUGAACUAAGCAAGCUACAAUGUAAAUGUAAACGUUACGAUUAUAAGAUGUUAUUUUGACCCUCUCUUAGAGUUUCAUCAGUUAGGCCAAGCGCUGGAUGUACACAUUGCACCUUUAAAGAAAAUCAUUAUGAAAUAGGGGGGCUGCACGGUGGUGUAGUGGUUAGCACUGUCGCCUCACAGCAAGAGGGGCCCAGGUUCAAUUCCCGGGCUGGACAACCUUCUGUGUGGAGUUUGCAUGU